UUUAUUUUUUACUGGACGUGUAUGUGGAGACGCGCGAGUUAUAUCUUUGUGAACAGUGUUGAAACAAACGUGAAGUUCCCUUUAGUUAGAUACUGAUUCAAACAGCUAUUGCAGGCAGGUGUUGUAUCCUGCCCCAGUGACAACACCAUCCUGAGAGUGAGGCCAGUCAGAGGUCUUACAGUGUACUAUGUUUAAGUGGGAGUUAUGAUAUUUUGUAUUUUUUAUUGAAGUUUGUCCUGAGGCAUUACUAACUUCUGCCUCCUUGCCUCGCCAUGACAUGUUUCACAGGUUACAGGUCAUGCUGCUCACUCACUCUAGUACACAACAGCAUAGUGCAACCCCAGUGUGUUUGUGUGGCCCAAAUUAGUAAUCAUGAUGUCAGCCUUUUUUUUUUUUUUUUUUUAUCUUUACUUAUUGGCUUCCUUUCGGCACUUUCUUUUUUACCUGUGUAGUUAGGUUAGGUUAAGCUUUAGAAGGAUGUUAGUGGCAUCAAGAUGAAGAUCAACAACAUGGCACUAUUGCAACAACAGCAGCAGUAGUGCUACUCCUCAUUUAGUUUUGUAGAUGGACAGAAUCCAGGCUGCACACCUGCUCACUAUCAAACAAUCUUGUGUCCCACUUCCCUAAGUGUCUUGCGGUAGUGUGUGCUGUGUGGUGGAGGUUGUGAUCCCUGGCUGCAUCAUGGAUGGCUGGCAGCAGAAGCAGCAACAGUCAGCCUUAGGUAUGGAGAAUCAUAACUGUGGUGAUGGCCAGAAUAACUUGGAGACAGGCAGCUCUGGCUACAGAGAAGAGACCAAGUUUGACUGCCAGCUGUGUGAAAAUACUUUAACUUCCGAAUCUGGUUUCAGGUACCAUACCAUGGAACACAGUGGUGUUGAGAAUUAUGAGUCUGAUGACUGUGGGAAAAAAUUUACUUACCAGAAUUCCCUCACCACACACAUCCUGACACACAGUGAUGUUAAGAGUUAUUUGUGUGAUAAGUGUGGAAAGAAAUUUAACCACAUAUCUUCUCUCAACAAGCACACCCUGGUACACAGUGGUGUUAAGAAUCAUUUAUGUGAUAAGUGUGGGAUGAAAUUUUCCUGCAAAUCUUACCUAACCGCACACAUCCUGACACACAAUGUUGUUAAGAAUUAUGAGUGUGUUGACUGUGGGAAAAAAUUUGCCAGAAAGUCUAACCUCACCCGACACAUCCUGACACACGUUGGUGUUAGGAAUUUUGAGUGUGAUGAGUGUGGGAAUAAAUUUCUCAGAAAGUGUCAGCUCACCAAACACAUCCAGUCACACAGUGAUAAUGGUGUUAAGAAAUAUAAGUGUGAUGAAUGUGGAAAGAAAUUUGCCCACAAGUCUUACCUCACCCACAUGCCCUGAUACACAGUGGUGUUCAGAAUUAUAAGUGUAAUGAGUGUGGGAGGAAAUUUACUUUCAAGUCUUCCCUCAAUACACACUCCCUGAUACAUCGUGGUGUUAAGAAAUAUAAGUGUGGGGAGUGUGGGAAAAAAUUUACUCACAAAUGUUCCCUCAUAAAACACACCCUGACACACAGUGGUGUUAGGAAUCAUGAGUGUGAUAAGUGUGGGGAGAAAUUUAUCACAAAGUAUAACCUGACCAGGCACAUACUGACACACAGUGUUAAGAAAUUUGAGUGCGAGUGUGGAAGGAAAUUCACUCACAAGGCUUACCUUACUGCACACAUCUUUACACACAGUGGUGUUAAGAAUUAUAAGUGUAAGGAGUGUGGGAAGAAAUUUACUUACAAGUCUUCCCUUAACUCACACAACUUGACACACCAUGAUGUUGGGAAUUAUGAGUGUGGUGAGUGUAACAAAAAAUUUCCCACCAUGUCUUGUCUUCAUGGACAUGCCUUGAGACACACUAGGGUGAGGGGGUUCAAGUGUGAUGAUUGUGGCAAGUGUUUCAAGACAAAGACUGACAUCGACCAGCACAAGAACGUCCACGUUUAAGGUGGUGUGAGGAAUCCGACAACAUUUCACUUAACUCACACACCACAUUCUCCCAUGGAACAGUUUCAUGGCCUCAAGUCAUUCUUUCGUUCAUUUCUCUACACAGUCCCAGCAGCAACACCAUCCAUUCCCUGCACGUCUUCACUCUGAUAUUCCACAUUCCACACCCCCUCAUCCUUAACUCCCUCAGACCUUACUACUGUAACACACAGACCAUCCAUUCUUGUAACUCCUUGCAUUCAUACCCUAAAUCUCUCUCUGGGAAAUAGUGCCAUACUUGUUUGCUAUUUUUUUUUUAAGGGUGUUUGUGCAAGAUGGAAAACAAGAAAUUGUAGAAAGAUGAAGGGGAAAAAAAAUACAUACGUAUGAAAAGGAGUGAAGAAAGGCUAAAAAAUGGAAAGAAAUGCCCUUUACUUCAUGUUCUCAUACUGUUUCACUUAUGCAGAUCUUGUUUUAAGUUAAUUAGAAUUGUUAUUGUAACGUUUAGUGCCUCAACCUCCAUUCCUCCAUCCAUCAGCUGGACACAACCAUCCCCUCUUUGUUUAGGACAACUGGCUGUGGGAAACCGGCAGCCUUAUAGACUGGGAGGAUAUUACAAAUGUAGAAUCUAUGUACUCAAGGCAGCUCUGUACACCACCACCAGCAAGUAAUUGAUUCUUGAACUAUUUACAAGUUAUUUGAUGUUAAAUUCAACAUAAAACAAAGCAAAACUAUGUACUAAGAAAUUAAAUAAGAGAAGCAUAAUUAAGAAAGGAACCAAUUGUGAACCUUACAUAUAUUGAAACCUGUAGUAUGUAUUAGUGAGGUGCCUGGAAAACAUCCAGUCCCCCACUCAGUGCCAUGUUUAGGAUGAGGGGGACCUUUAUAAAUAAAAUACUCCUCGAUUUUUACCUCAAUAGUGAUGCAGAACAAAAGUAUUUUUUUUUUAAUUGCUUUUGAUAUUGAAGUCAUUUGCCAUACAAUUAUGUAGCUUUGUAUUUAUGAUUAGUCUAGUAAAAAGAAAGGCAGAGCAAAAACAGUGACAUUAUUAGCUAUUCAUUUACCCCAGUAGUGAAGGAGGAACAACCUUAAAAAAAAUAGACAAAGCAAGCUACCAUUUGUACAUAGAGAUCCUGUCCCUCCUCCCCCCACCCCCAAAUCAGGAGAGGGUCAGACUGCUGCAUAGACCCUAGUCAUAAUACAAAGCUAGAUAAUUUGUAUUGCAGAGUACACUGAAACUUAUAAUCUUUAAAUAAAAUCACAAACAAUU